AAUCUAAAUCUUUACUGAUGCAAGAUUACUAAUCGAAAUGUAAGAAAUAUUUUAAGUAGUGAUAAAAGUAUUAUUGGUAGGGUUAGAGUCGUGCGGACAUGUUUUUUUAAUAGCCAAGAAAAAUGGUGUCGAAAAAUGUUAAAGUGGGCGGUGGUGUGUUUCUAGUGGCCCUUAUUUUAGCUGGAGUAGGAGUAGUGAUAUGGGCUUUAAUAGACAAUGAGGUGACUGAGGACACGCCCAGGUACACCACGGAAAAACUGGAGCCCACUGGAGUAUUAAGUGGUACUCAUCCCGUUUUCACCAAAAUACCCGGGGUUGGAAACAUGUUCUGGUGGUUUCACCACACAAAAGCACUUGGUUUCACACAUGACCAUCCCGUAAUAUUGUGGUUGGACGGUGUAACUGGCAUACCCCCCAGCUUAUUGGCCAAUUUUGGAAUGUUUGGCCGGUACGACAUCAAUUUAGUGGAAAGACCAAAUUCCUGGGUAAAUCGAUACAAUUUACUUUUCAUUGAUGCACCUUUGGGAAGAGGAUUCAGUCAUCCUCUAAGUGUUGACAAAAUCCCAAAAAAUAUUGAUGAAGCUGCUGAACAUUUAGUAAUAACUUUGGAAUCAUUCUACGAGGUAAUGGUACAUUUUAAAGAUACUCCUAUAUACGUUUUCGGUGAAGGACAUGGCGCACAACUAGCUCUGGCACUUGUUAAAAAACUGCACCAAAAUGGCAAUUUAUUUACGGUUAAGGGUGUAAUAUUAGGCAAUGGUUUGAUAGCUCCAGUACAAACCUUAACGAAACUUGGCUUCUAUCUUGAAGAACUUGCCUACGUCGAUGGCAAUGGACGUCGAGCGAUAGAAAGUCUAACCAACAUGAUAUCGACUGCGGAGCAAGUCGGAAGACCUGAUUUUGCUGGUCAACUGUUCCAAACUUUAGGCCGUGCUGUCAAUGAAGAAGCUGGUGCCGUUGCUGUUAAUCUUGGUCAUAUUGUACAAAAAUUAACUAACGAAUCUCUCCAUGGGACUCAAGAUUAUUACGGACAAUGGGAAUAUCUGCAAAGUAUUGAUAGCAAACUGAACGCAAACACUAUGAACAUGAUCAUGCGUCCACUUAUGGGCGUAUCUUCUACCAUAUUUUACGAUUUUCAUCGACAAAAUGUUGUAAAUGCUUUCAAAGACUCGUUAAUGAUAUCAGCGGUUGAUAAAGUGGAAUACAUUCUUAACUAUACAGACAUUACUGUGUCUAUUUAUAAUGGCAAUUUGGACGCGGUAUCCAACACACCAGGUCAAUUAGAAUGGGUAAACAAUCUCAAAUGGUAUGGACAACCAGAGUUCUUAGAAAAACCAAGGCUUCCUAUAUUCGUGAAUGGAUUACUUGAAGGAUAUUAUAGGAACUCGACGGGACUUCAAUUCUAUUGGGUGAACGUAGCUGGACUAUCGGCACCGCUGGAUAAUCCCGUUGCUAUGGAUACCAUUCUACGCGGUAUUAUAAAUGAUUAGCAAUAUUAUGAGAUACCUAGUUUUAAUAAUAUUGUCAAGUGGUGUUGCAGUUAUGCAGUACCAUUUUAAUACCUAGUCUAAAGUGUGACAGAGUUAAUACCUACCUUAAGAUAAAAAAUAUGAUAACGAAGAAACUUAAAUUGUUAAACAAUUAAAUUAUAAUAAAAAAAAAAACCAAAACCGA